AAACUCCAUGCCCAACUCAUUUCCAUAGGAUUGGACUCUGCUAUUUUCCUCCAGAACCAUCUCUUGCACAUGUACUCUCAAUGUAGCUUGAUAGAAGACGCUCGUCGGAUUUUUUACAGUAUUCAGUAUCCUAAUGUGUUUAGUUGGAAUACUAUGAUCAAUGGAUUAGUAGAUUUGGGUCAAAUGAGGGAAGCAAAGAUCUUGUUCAAUGAAAUGCCUGAGAGAGACUCUGUCUCUUGGACUACAAUGAUGUCUGGCCAUUUUAAUAAUGGGCAACCAGUGGAUGCAAUUAAAGUUUUUGCUGCAAUGGUUCAGAAUUGUGAGAGUUUUUCCGACCCAUUUUCCUUCUCUUGCGUAAUGAAGGCUUGUGGUAGUCUUGGCAACAUCAAAUUGGCUCUUCAGUUGCAUAGUCUUGUGGAGAAGUUAGAAUUUGGAAACAACAUGACUAUUCAAAAUUCGAUUAUCGAUAUGUACAUUAAGUGUGGUGCAUUGAGUUCUGCUGAGAAAAUGUUUUUGAGGAUCCCAAGUCCCAGUUUGUUUUGUUGGAACAGUAUGAUCUUUGGUUACUCUAAACUUUAUGGGGUUCAAAGGGCUCUUCAUAUGUUUUUUCAAAUGCCUGAACGUGACUGUGUGUCUUGGAAUACCAUAAUUUCAAUCUUUUCUCAGCAUGGGUUUGGGGUUCAGAGUCUCAGUAUGUUUGUUGAGAUGUGGAACCAAGGUUUUAGACCAAAUUCUAUGAUAUAUGCCACCGUACUUAGUGCAUGUGCAAGCAUAUAUGAUCUGGAAUGGGGUACCCAUUUGCAUGCUCGGAUCAUCCGUAUGGAACCAAGUCUUGAUGUCUUCGCAGGUAGUGGACUGAUUGAUAUGUAUGUGAAAUGUGGACACUUGCAUUUUGCACGGCAGGUGUUUAACAACAUGGCAGAACACAAUGCAGUUUCUUGGACUUCUUUGAUCAGUGGAGUUGUGCAGUCUGGACUUGAGGACGAAGCUUUAGUACUGUUUAACCAAAUGAGAAAGGCUCCUGUUUCCUUGGAUGAGUUUACUUUCGCAACAGUUCUUGGGGUUUGUUCAGGCCAAAAGCAUGUUUUAGUUGGGGAACAGCUCCAUGGAUAUACAAUCAAGGCUGGAAUGAUCUAUUCUAUUCCUGUAGGGAAUGCUCUUGUUACCAUGUAUGCAAAGUGUCAAAAUACUCAUAAAGCAAAUCAGACAUUUGAGUUUAUGCCAUUCAAAGAUAUAAUAUCAUGGACAGCAAUGAUCACGGCAUUUUCUCAAGUUGGUAAUGUUGAAAAAGCUCGAAAGUAUUUUGAUAAAAUGCCACAGCGGAAUGUCAUAACUUGGAAUUCAAUGUUAGUAACAUAUUUUCAAAAUGGUCUUUGGGAAGAAGGCCUAAAAUUGUAUAUUCUAAUGCGAAGGGUAGGGGUUAACCCUGAUUGGGUCACCUUAGUAACUUCAAUCAGUGCAUGUGCUGAUUUAGCAAUAUUAAAACUUGGGAUCCAAAUUAUAGCUCAAGCUGAAAAAAUAGGGCUUGGUUCUAAUAUUUCUGUCACAAAUAGCGUUGUUACUUUGUAU